AUGAUGCCGAGAGCUCUGCGGAGACUGGUCCAUAUGGUGCUGUUCUGCCCUCUGUCCAAAGGGCUGCAGAGUCGUCUGCCAGCCAUUAAGGUGAAGUAUCUCCUCCUGGCCUGGCUGGGCAUCCUCAUCACCAGCUGGGUCAUCUACAUGCAGUACGCCUCCUACUCUGAGCUGUGCCGCGGGCAUGUCUGCCACAUGGUCAUUUGUGAUCACUACAGAAGAGGCAUUGUAUCAGGCUCGUCCUGCAAGGCAUUGUGUGAUCAGAGAACUCUAACCAUGCAGCGCUGCAUGUCCACCUCCUCUACACACCAGGUGUACAUUGGGCUGUGGAAGGACAGACCUGUUGUGAUCAAGUGUGGGCUUGAGGAUCCGCUGAAGACUGAUGGGGCUCCAGGCUCUUUUCUGCGACAGGAGAUGAGCUUAUUUGAAAAACCCACUCGUGGAACCUCAAUGGAUGAAUUUAAAGAGAUGCUACACAGUUUCCUCAAGGCUAACCUUGGUGAGCAGCCAUCUUUGAACACAUUGGUGGACAGGGUCAUUACUCUGGCUGAUAUCAACAAGGACAGCAAAGUAUCCCUAGCAGAGGCCAAGUCUAUCUGGGCUCUUCUGCAGAUCAACGAGUUCCUUCUGAUGGUGGCGCUGCAGGAGAAGGAGCACACCCCCAAGCUGCUGGGUUUCUGUGGAGACUUGUAUGUGACGGAACACGUGGGCCACAGCUCUCUCUACUGGCUGGAGGUGCCUCACUACCUGCAGGCUCUGGUUCCAGAGGCCCUGAGCUCCAGCCUGAACCACUGGCUCGCUCCAGCCUGGCCUCGCAGGGCUCGCAUUACCAUCGGCCUGCUGGAGUUUGUGGAGGAGGUCUUCCACGGCUCCUACGGGAGUUUCCUCAUAUGUGAUGCCAGUCCUCGCCACGUGGGCUACAAUUCAAAGUAUGACUGCAAGAUGGCCGAACUGCGCAGCGUGGCGUCUGAGGCAGUGGUGCGGGGGUUCAUGAGGGGGCGGCGGUGUGAGACCAACGCAGACUGCACCUACGGCCGGGACUGCACGGCCACCUGUGACCGGCUGGUGAAGCAGUGUAACUCUGAGGUGGUGCAGCCCAAUCUGGCGAAGGUGUGUGUGCUGCUGCAGGAUUAUCUGCUUUUUGGGGCCCCUGUGGACCUCCGUGGGGAUCUGGAGAAGCAGCUACGCACCUGUGUGACACUCAGCGGCCUGGCCAGUCAAAUGGAGGUUCACCACUCACUGGUGCUCAACAACCUGAAGACAUUACUGUGGAAGAAAAUCUCCAACACGCAGUACUCUUGAAAGGAGCUUAUCAUCUACAGUGAAUUAUUUCAUGAACGUGGUCGUUUUUGCUCCUGAAGCUCUGCCAAAUGUUUUGAAAGGUGGUGAUUAUUAAUAUAUUUUCCCUCUGCAUUGACUGUGAACAACAGAGAACUGUGAUACAGUACGAAACAGCAUUACAAUGCAUUAUUUUGAGAAGCACAUUCAUCUCCUUGGACAUAAUAUUCUCAGGGCGCUUGCCUCUAACUUUAUUUGUAAAAUAAUCUGAGUAAAUUUAGUUUUCAAAAUAUAUAGAAGAGUCUUGUCUAUCCCUACUGAAUGUCAAAUUUGACAUGGCGUGAUGGUUUUUGUACAAUUUUAAUUAUUGGUGGAAAUGAUUGAACUUCUUGUUUUUUGUGUACAGUAUAAAUGACUCCAUGUAAAGCACAGAUAAGAUACAAACAAUGGAUGGAAUAAUACGAUAGUACUGAUGUGUGCCUACUGAUGUUGAUAAUGUACAGACUGGGGUUGUAUAUGAUGAUCAUGAUUAUACUUGAAUGAACUUCUGACCUGUGAAUAAACAUAAUUUGGUUCAAAUAA